UUUAUUGUGAUAUGAUGUAUCAUGUACCUUAUUCAACAUUUAUAAGCUUUCCACACGCUGAAGCUGUCAGAGAAUUGGAUUCGAUUAUGUCCAGUGAAAGUAGCACCGCAGAAAUAAAAGAACAUGUAUACGAAAACACCCUCCUUGAUUUGUAUUCUGGCUGUGGUGCGAUGUCCACUGGUUUAUGUCUUGGAGCUGCGAACUAUGGUGUUAAGCUUGUAACAAAAUGGGCAGUGGAUUUCAAUAGAGAAGCAUGUGAUAGCUUGAGAUGGAAUCAUCCAGAGACGCAGUUAAGGAUGAUAAUCUCAUCGAUUGCCUUGUUCGAAAGUUGAAUAUAGUUUGCUUUCCUCCCAAUGAGAAUAUCAAGUCUAUAGAAAGGAUUCCACUUGAGUGCGACUUUUAUUGUGAUAUGAUGUAUCAUGUACCUUAUUCAACAUUUAUAAGCUUUCCACAUGCUGAAGCUGUCAGAGAAUUGGAUUCGAUUAUGUCCAGUGAAAGUAGCACCGCAGAAAUAAAAGAACAUGUAUACGAAAACACCCUGCUUGAUUUGUAUUCUGGCUGUGGUGCGAUGUCCAGUGGUUUAUGUCUUGGAGCUGCGAACUAUGGUGUUAAGCUUGUAACAAAAUGGACAGUGUAUUUCAAUAGAGAAGCAUGUGAUAGCUUGAGAUGGAAUCAUUCAGAGACGCAGGUCCAAAAUGAAGCUGCUCAGGAUUUCUUGUGCCUUUUCAAGGAAUGGGAACACCUUUGUGUCUGUUGCUCUCUGAUAACAAGCAACUCAGCACCACAUCCUUGCUUGAAUAUUUGUAAUGAAGAAGAAGAAGAAGGGACUGCAAGUGAUAGAGACAAUGAAGUAUAUCAAGUUGAACAAGUAUUAGAAGUUUGCUUUGGGGAUCCAAAGAAAACUGGAAAGUCUGGAUUGCACUUCAAGAUACGUUGGAAAGGUUAUGGCGAAGCUGAUGACACAUGGGAACCCAUUGAUGGUUUGAGUGGUUGUGAGCAGAAAAUGAAGGAGUUCAUUGAGAAUGGGUUUAAAGCAAGUAUUUUGCCUUUGCCAGGGAGUGUUGAUGUCGUAUGUGGUGGCCCACCUUGCCAAGGAAUAAGCGGCUUCAGUCGCUUUAGGAAUAGGGAAAAUCCAUUAGAGGAUCCCAAAAACAAACAACUAGAAGCAGCAUGUAAAGACAAUUAUGUUUGUAAAAUCGUUGAGAUGUUUGAAGAUUUAGAUGGAAUGCGUUAUUUCACGGCUCAAUGGUUCUACCGAGCUAAGGACACUGUUAUUAAAUCACUUGACAAUUUCAUUGAGAGCAAGUGUGUUUUCUUAUCCGAAGUUAAGGAUGAUAAUCUCAUCGAUUGCCUUGUUCGAAAGUUGAAUAUAGUUUGCUCUCCUCCCAAUGAGAAUAUCAAGUCUAUAGAAAGGAUUCCACUUGAGUGCGACUUUUAUUGUGAUAUGAUGUAUCAUGUACCUUAUUCAACAUUUAUAAGCUUUCCACAUGCUGAAGUUGUCAGAGAAUUGGAUUCGAUUAUGUCCAGUGAAAGUAGCACCGCAGAAAUAAAAGAACAUGUAUACAAAAACACCCUCCUUGAUUUGUAUUCUGGGUGUGGUGCAAUGUCCACUGGUUUAUGUCUUGGAGCUGCGAACUAUGGUGUUAAGCUUGUAACAAAAUGGGCAGUGGAUUUCAAUAGAGAAGCAUGUGAUAGCUUGAGAUGGAAUCAUCUAGAGACGCAGGUCCGAAAUGAAGCUGCUCAGGAUUUCUUGUGCCUUUUCAAGAAAUGGGAACACCUUUGUGUCUGUUGCUCUCUGAUAACAAGCAACUCAUCACCACAUCCUUGCUUGAAUAUUUGUAAUGAAGAAGAAGAAGAAGAAGGGACUGCAAGUGAUAUAGACAAUGAAGUAUAUGAAGUUGAACAAGUAUUAGAAGUUUGCUUUGGGGAUCCAAAGAAAACUGGAAAGUCUGGAUUGCACUUCAAGAUAGGUUGGAAAGGUUAUGGUGAAGCUGAUGACACAUGCGAACCCAUUGAGGGUCUGAGUGGUUGUGAGCAGAAAAUGAAGGAGUUCAUUGAGAAUGGGUUUAAAGCAAGUAUUUUGCCUUUGCCAGGGAGUGUUGGUGUCGUAUGUGGUGGCCCACCUUGCCAAGGAAUAAGCGGCUUCAAUCGUUUUAGGAAUAGUGAAAAUCCAUUGGAGGAUCCCAAGAACAAACAACUAGAAGCAGCAUGUAGAUACAAGAAUGGCUAAACGCCAUUUCUCUAUGGUAAAAGUGGAUGGAGAGCUUUAUAAUCUUCAUGAUGGUGCUUAUGUUAAUGGUGAGGAAGGUAAAGACAAUAAUAUUUGUAAAAUCGUUCAGACGUUUGAAGAUUUAGAUGGAAUGCGUUAUUUCACGGCUCAAUGGUUCUCCCGAGCUAAGGAUACUGUUAUUAAAUCACUUGACAAGUU